AUGUAUAUAACUUCUGACUCUGAUACAACCUCUGAUUCGAACACUUCUUCUGAUUCAGAUACUUCUUCGAUCAGUUCAGGAUUAGAGGUUAUACAUGUCAUUGAGACUACAGUAGCAAAGAAGCGUUCUACUGAGCGAAAACAACAUGUAUUCAUUCAACAUUUCAGAGAAUAUCCAUUUUAUGGCAUUGACGGCUUCUUUGUUUUUCUUCCUCGUGAUGAUAUUCCCCGAUCACGCUCCUCUGUGUAUGGGGAUCGUUGGUACAUGUUUCUUUUUGUACCACGCCGUGCAAAAGCUCAAUAA